CUAAAAUGGGCAUCUCUUCAACCUCAACUGUUGCUUCUGCUCUAACCUGUGAUCUCGAGGCCAAAGAUCCAAAAUUUUGGAUACGACUAAGGAGGUUUUGAAUCAUCAAAGGAGUAAGAUGACUGCAAGGGAAGAUGUGGCACAAAAUACAAUUAAUCACAUUUUAGGAAAAUUCAAUUAGUUAAUCAUGUUUUAGUAAACUAAACGUGAUAAACAAAUUUCAUUGAUUUGUAUUUUGUGGAAUUAAUUCCAAUUGAAUAGUAUAGGUAGUUUAUGUUGGAACAAUAAAGCCAAUGGGCUUUAUUAAAAUGUGAAUAGCAAAUGAUAUGGAUCUGGGCCAUCAGAAAUGCUAAAUAAAUGAAAUGGUGAAGUGGGGAAAGUCCCACAUCGGCCAGGAGAAGCAAAUUUGAGGUGUUUAUAUAUGAUCCCAUGAUAUCAUGAGUUAAACAGCUUGAGAGAGGAGAAGGCUCCCCACGCACGCGCCGCUGCCGCCCGGCCCGGCCCGGCUUGGUCCGAGGGCCGAGGGCCCGAUAAGAAUUAUUUUUUUUGGACCAAGCUCAACAUGUAGUUCGUUUAAAAACAACACAAAGUUUAUCUGUUCGAAAUGGAUCAGUACGAGUCAACAAGAGAGAAAUUUGCGGAGAAAGCUGCUCAACGUUCCACUCCGAACCAAAGGUCCUUCGUCUAUUUCGAAACUGUUGCGAGAGGCGUGGGCUUGGGCUUGGGUGGAUGGCCUUCGUCUAUUUCCUUAACUUCGCUUUUAUUAUAUCGUUUACAUCAGUCCGGUUUACCGGCUUCUACAGUUUACUUAUAAAAUUUUCAGGACUGGGAGGUUAAAUGACAAAUCAAAAGUUUGGGGAAUAGAAGGUGGAAUUCAAUAGUAGAGGGGUCUCAAGAAAAGUCAACCCAAGAACAAAUAGGAAAAUAAAAUGUAACAAGAAUCCAAGUCAGAGAAUCGACAUCCUAGUCUCUCUCUCUCCCUUUACAAAAAAUCCACUGCUCAAAUCAAAAGUAGGGUCUGAAGUCAACGGCCAAAAGAUGAGUGAUCCAAGGUUUAUAAAGUGUGUCACCGUCGGUGAUGGCGCCACCGGCAAGACCUGUCUACUCAUUUCCUACACUAGCAACACUUUCCCCACCGAUUAUGUGCCAACUGUAUUUGAUAUUAUCAGCGCUAAUGUGAUUGUCGAUGGGAACUCCAUCAACUUGGGGGUGUGGGACACUGCAGGACAAGCUGACUAUAAUCGACUAAGACGAUUGAACUAUCAUCUUCCUGAUGUCUUUUUGCUCGCAUUCUCUCUCGUCAGCAAAGCUAGCUUUGAAAAUGUUGCUAAAAAGUGGGUUCCGGAACUCAGACAUCAUGCUCCUGGUGUUCCCAUAUUCCUUGUUGGGACAAAGCUUGAUCUUCGAGAUGAUAAGGAGUACUUGCUUGAGCACCCUGGAGCUGUGCCUAUAUCUACUUCUCAUGGUGUAGAACUAAUGAAGCUUGUUGGAGCUUUUGCUUAUACAGAAUGCAGUGCAAAGACACAACAGGUAACUACAAAAUUCAACAUCAUUUUUAUAGUUUUCUUUCAGAAUCUUGCUGACGGGAGAACUCGUUCAAUUAUACAGAAUGUUUUUUUUUUUUGGUCAACAAUUAUACAGAAUGUUAAAGCUGUCUUUGAUGUGGCCAUCAAAGUAGUUCUCGAGCUACCCAAAAACAAGAACAAGAAAAACAAAAAAUCUCAGAAAGGCUGUUCUAUAUUGUGAUUGGGAGAAGAAGAAACA